GCCAUGCCCGGGGAGGCGGCCCGCGCCGAGCUGCUGCUGCCGGAGGCGGGCGGCGCCGGCCAGCGCACAGAGUUGUCCUGUGAUGCUGCUGCUACCACUCCCCCAGGUGGGGACCAGCUGAAGCACUGUGCCCUGCCACCUGGACCUGGGUCUCUGGCGGUCAGGUUUCUGCCCAGCAAACCAGGUGCCCGGCCCCAGCCUGAGGGAGCCAGCUGGGAUGCAGGGCCUGGCCGGGCUUCACCAGCCUGGGCACUCCCCGCUGAGGGUGGCCCCAGCCCAGGGCUUCCUGAAGGUCGGCCUGUGGCGCCUCCCCUCCCAGCUACUUUGGAGCCACGGAUUGUGAUGGGCGAAGAAACCUGCAGGCCCCCCUCACCGCCCAGCACAGCCACCCCGGAGCUCAGGGACUGGGCAGGUGGGCAUGCUAACUUGAAACUACCCUCGGAGUUAUGUUCUCAGAGUGACCCUCCUGUGCCUUUCCCUCACUCAGACCCCGAUUCCUACUUCACCCCACCCUCGACCCCUCCACAGGCCACCUGUGCCCUGCCUUCAGGCCUCAGGCCCUGCAGAGAGGUCUGCAACUCUGAGGCAGGGCUGCUGGACUCACCGCCCACCUCCCCCUCGGGCUCCUACAUCACAGCGGAUGGGGACAGCUGGGCUUCCUCUCCGUCCUGUUCCCUCGACAUGCUGGCUCCAGUGGAAGGACUGGACCUCCCCUCGGGCCGGGGCCUCUCUCCCCCUGGCACCACGGAUGAGACGUGGACACCCCAUGCUCCUGGUUCCCCCGACCCCCACUCCUCUGCAUCCAGCCUCUCCACUGACAGCAGUUCUUCCUGGAGUCAGGAGGAGCCCCUCUUUGACCUGGACUGCCUGGCAAAUGACCCAAUGAUUCCCGCAGCCCUCCUGCCCUUCCAGGGCAGCCUCAUCUUCCAAGUGGAUGCCGUAGAGGUGACGCUGCUGCCCCCCUCGGAGGAGGUGGCAACCGAGACCAAGACUCCCAGCCCCAGUGGCGACCAAGAUGAGGAGAGCGAGGACGAGAACCCGUCUGCUUCCUUCCUGCAGUCUCUGUCAGACAUCUCCAUCAUCGAAGGCAUGGACGAGGCCUUCGCCUUCCGGGACGACACCUCGGCAGCGUCUUCGGACUCAGACUCGGCCUCCUAUGCUGGGGCAGAUGACGAGAGGCUGUACAGUGGGGAGCCGCAUGCUCAGCCCAGUGCCCUGCUCCAGGACAGUGGGUGCAAGGAUGAGGAGGAAGAAGACGGGGCCCUGUCCUCAGCCCAAGAGGGGUCCACACUUCAGGUCUGGAAAGAAGAAGUUGCUGAACUAAUUCCAGAUCAGGUGCCACAGGAUGAGGGGUUCCUCUUCCACCAGGAGGCAGUCACUACAGUAACACCUCACGCAAGGUUGGCAGAAGCAGGCCCUGGGGUGAGCUUAGAGCCAGCUGCCACGGGCCCACCCCAGCCUGGAGAGGAAACAGCAGACACCUCCACCGGGCAAGAGGAUGUUGCCAGGGUAACACCUCCACUACUCACUGAAGAUGGCUUCAUCAUAGGCCAGGUCAUUGUGGCAACACCUGUGACCUUACAGGAAGAAGUGAGCACUACUCUAGGCCCUGGGACUGCCGCCACGGAAAGGCCCCAAACCCCACAGGAAGAAGAAGUUAGCCCCACGCCAUGCCCAGAUUCACUGGCAGGGUCAGUAACGACUCAAAACAAGGAAGAGGCAGGCUCGGGCCUCACCUCAAGUCAGGAAUCUGUUGCUCCAGCAACACCUGUGCCCCUGUCUGAAGGAUGCGGUUUACACCAGGAGUCUGUUCCUAUGGCAACACUUCUUCCCCUGCAAAAAGAAGCAGCCCUCCCUUUGAGCCAGGAGCCUAUUGCUGUGGCAACCCUUCAGGCCCUGCAGGAAGAAGUAGGCUGCCCCCUUGGGGCAUCAACUGAUGCUCCUCCACCAGAGCUGGCCCGGCACGAUGUAGGUGUGGCCCUAGGACUGGUGCCUGCUUCGGAGUUAACGGCUGUGGCAAAGCCAUUGGCCACAGAGCCAGAAGCAGAACUUGUAGCCUUGGACCAGGGCCAACAUGACGGAGCAGGUCCUGCCGUAGACCUGGAGCCAGAGGCAGAAGCAGUGACCCUCUGGGCCUCAGGGAGAGAUGCAGGUCUUACCUCAGAGCCAAUGUCUGACAGGGAGGAGCAGCAGGAAGCUACAGGGGCCCCCUUGGGGCCUGAACCAAAGGUGGGCAGGGACUACCAACACCUAGAUGAUGGAGCCAAGAUGUUUCAAGGCCAGGGGGGUGGAAACCCCCCAUCAAAGCCCCAGAGUGCCAGGCAGGCUCUGGAGUGUAGCAGCUGGGCAAUGGAUCUGGCCAGUCACCCACAGUCCUCAGCAGGGUCUGUACUUGGGCUUGGCAGGGGCUGUCCUGGAGAGCCCGUGCCUGUUACAACUUCCCCAACCACUUCAUGGUGCCCUGAGCCUGAGACUGGCAUCAGCCCCAGAGCCCCACAGCCCCAGUUGGGUGUGGAGGAGUGGGCCCAAGCGGUCUCCAGUAGCCUGAGCCACUCCCCUUGCCAGUCCCCAGGAACCUGUGCCCAAGACCCUUCCCACGACGCCCAAGAUGGGUCCCUGCAAGCUGACCCCUCCUCGCCUGGUUUCCACAGUGGAGCGGCCCCGCCUCACUUUGCAGACCCUGGCCCCUGCCAUUGUCAGGAGCCCAGAGGAGACUGCAGGGACAUUAGGCCCCCAGGCUUGCCAGGCUUCCAGCAGCUCAUCUCAGAAGCUCAGCAGGCAGCGGAUGCCCUCUCAGGAACCCUGGGGCCUCCUGAGGCUGGGCUGCAGGCUGGCUUCUCGCCCUUCCUCAGCCCCACGGCAGCCUCCACGGUGGCUCCCCAUGCCAAAGACCAGCCUGUCUGCACCCCCUGUCAAGUGCCUCCAGGUUCUGGGUCCCUGCCCCCAACCAGAACUCUAAGGCUUCCGACCCCUGAGCAGCAAGAGGACCAGGACAGUCUUGAGGAAGACUCCCUGCAAGCUCCAGACUUGGGCCAACACUCAGACAGCCAUGCAGAAUCUUCAGCCCCCGAGGUGGAGCAGGACCUGGCAGCCCCCCGGACAGCACGGGGCCCACCCCAGGGCCCAACAGUAGGCAGCAGUGAAGAGACCAUCGCCAAAGCCAAGCAGAGCCGCAGUGAGAAGAAGGCCCGAAAGGCUAUGUCUAAGCUGGGCUUGCGGCAGAUUCCGGGCGUCACUAGGAUCACCAUCCAGAAGUCCAAGAACAUCCUCUUUGUCAUCAGCAAGCCCGAUGUCUUCAAGAGCCCAGCCUCUGACACCUACGUGGUCUUUGGCGAGGCCAAAAUUGAGGACCUAUCCCAGCAAGUGCACAAAGCCGCAGCAGAGAAGUUCAAGGUUCCUCCUGACCCCUCAGCCCCAGCCUCCGAGUCGGCUGCAGGGCUGAGGGUGACGCCGGAGUGCCAGGAGGAAGAGGAGGAGGAAGAGGAGGAGGUGGACGAGACAGGGCUGGAGCUUCGGGAUAUUGAACUGGUAAUGGCUCAGGCCAACGUCUCAAAGGCCAAGGCUGUGCAGGCCCUGAGGGCCAACCACAGCGAUAUCGUCAACGCUAUCAUGGAGCUGACAAUGUAGCCCCUGGAUGGCCGGCCUACCCAGGCACCUCACCUCCCUGCCUUUUCCCCUCCCAGCUCUGCUGCUCAAUAAACCUGUAACCCCCA